AUGGCUCCCAACGCCAUUUGGACCAAGGGGGGCCUUCGUGACGGGACAGGUUUGAGCAGGCCGAAUGACCCCGCGCAUGAUAUUUGGGGGAUGAAUGUGGAUGUCGAACCAGCAGAAGGGGAGCCCCGGAUGGAUACCGGCAACACAGCAUUGCCUCGCGGCAGUCCCGGACUGGGAAAGAGCACAAACGACUUGCAUGAUGCCGCCAAGAACUCCGCGUUCCAACAAGCACAGGAGCUGGAGAAUCUGGACAAGCUACAAGAUCGCCUCUUGGAAGCCGUCGGCAUCGCAUCCCAGACGCUUCGACAGCUGAGCAACCCCGAGGAAUUCGAAGAGGAAGAGGUCCAGAAAGCCUACCAAUCGUAUCUUGAGCUCAUGCGUGAAGUACACGAAGGACUCGCAUCUCGCGCGGCUUGGGUCAAAAAUUACGUUCCAUACCGUCGAAACACAAAGGAACUAAGGCGUGAAGUCCGAAUAAAAGAAAUGCGGGUGGUCUGGCUGAAAGAGGAGGCACGACGGUGGGGCUACAAGGACGAGGGGGCCAGAGGGGAGGAGGAGGGGAUAGGUCGUCCGGGAGGGGUAAAGACACCCUCUGGGAAAGAAUCCGAGUCGGAUAGUCGGUAAGUGUGGAUACAUAGCAUGAAAAAGAGGGUGACACAUAAACGGCAGGCGCCCCUCCCGUCCCACGCCCGCCUUGUCGCAGGGAAGCACCGGGUCGGCCCCGCCUCUGGGCUUUUGCGGGGGUUUUCGGUGUUGCCUCCCACGAAUGCGGGAGCGCAGCAUUUUUUUCGUUCGUGGGUAAAGGCGAAGCACAUGUUAGAUCAAAAAAUCAAAGACAAACAGCUACAUUGCGGA